AUGCUCUCCACCCUGCGACCAGUGGCUCGAUCAGCCAUCCGACAACGAGUUCCGACCCAGACCGUACGCAUCGUUAACGCUUCAACAUGGGCCGCUGUCAAAGAAGGUCCUCCCGACGCUAUUCUGGGUAUCACGGAGGCUUUCAAGAGAGACAGCUUCGCUGAGAAGAUCAAUCUUGGAGUCGGCGCAUAUCGCGACGACAAAGGCAAACCCUAUGUCCUCCCCAGCGUCCGCACCGCCGAGCAGAAAGUCGUUAAUUCGAGCCUUGACAAAGAAUAUGCUGGCAUCACAGGUGUCCCUUCCUUCACCAAGGCCGCAGCCCUGCUUGCCUACGGUCCCGACUCAGUUCCUCUAAAGGAAGAUCGCAUUGCCAUUACACAAUCCAUCUCUGGCACCGGUGCAUUGAGAAUAGGUGGUGCUUUCCUUGAACGUUUCUACCCUGGCUCCAAAACUAUCUACAUCCCGACACCGUCAUGGGCAAACCAUAAGGCCGUCUUCUCCGACUCUAGGCUCGAGGUGAAGCAAUACAAGUACUACAACAAAGACACAAUCGGACUUGACUUUGAUGGUAUGAUCGCCGACCUCAAAGCCGCACCUGCAAAGUCCAUGGUUCUGCUGCACGCCUGCGCGCAUAACCCGACCGGUAUUGACCCUACCCCGGAACAAUGGCGACGUGUCAGCGACGUGAUGAAGGAGAAGGAACAUUACCCAUUCUUCGACAUGGCCUAUCAGGGUUUUGCAUCAGGCGACACAGACAAAGACGCAUACCCUGUGCGCAUGUUCAUUGAGCAAGGACACGGUCUGGUGCUCGCGCAGUCAUUUGCAAAGAACAUGGGUCUGUACGGCGAGCGAGUCGGCGCAUUCAGCGUGGUGUGCGAUUCCGCCGAGGAAAAGAAGCGUGUGGAUUCACAGAUCAAGAUUCUCGUGCGCCCGCUCUACUCCAACCCCCCUAUCCACGGUGCGCGUAUUGCCUCCGAGAUCCUCAACGACCCCAAGCUCAACCAACAGUGGCUCGGCGAGGUAAAGGGUAUGGCCGACCGGAUCAUCGAGAUGAGAGCUCUGUUGAAGAAGAACCUUGAAGAACUCGGCUCAAAGCAUAACUGGGAUCAUAUCACUAACCAGAUCGGCAUGUUCGCAUACACAGGCCUCACAUCCGAACAAAUGGAUACCCUGGCCAAAGAACACUCCGUCUAUGCGACCAAGGACGGCCGUAUCUCUGUGGCCGGCAUCACCACCGGCAAUGUCAAGAGACUUGCUGAAUCCAUCUUCAAAGUCACUGGCUAA